GAGUGACCAGAACAGCCAAUGGGCAUAGACCAGAGCACCUUCCAGGAACCUUACUUCAUUGAUAAAGUAAAGUGUGUAGAUCAAGCAUAGGAUACUCUGCUCUAUUCAAUCACAACACACUAAAUUGAAAAAAGUAGUUCAGCAUCCUUAGGAGUAGUUUGGUUUUUUUAACAUGGAAAAACAUGGUGAGGAAGAAGAGUAUUCUCGCUACGAUGUGUUCAUUAGUUUCAGAGGGGAAGAUAUUAGGCACACCGUUCUACGGCAGCUCCGUGAAGGGUUGGGUAGGAGGGGAAUACUCAGUUUCCAUGAUGACAGGGAUAUGAGGAUAGGGACAGGUCUUUCACUUGCUCUGCGUGAGGCCAUUGAAGAAUCUAAUGUUUUCAUAGUUGUGUUUUCUGAGAACUAUGCAUCUUCCACAUGGUGUCUCGAUGAACUUGUUAAGAUUAUCCAACGCACCCACGUGAACAGUACUGAGCAAAUUUUUUUACUUCCAGUGUUCUACCAUGUAGAUCCCUCAGAUAUACAGAAAUUGAGAAAUAGUUUCGGAAAACACAUGACGGCACACGAAAAAGAGUUUGGAAAAGAGUCGCAGAGAGUGCAGGCUUGGAAGUCUGCUUUGUCUGAAGCAGCUAACUUGCCAGGGAUGCAUAUUACCCCCGGGUUUGAAAAAGAUUAUAUUGAAGAAAUUGUCGGGAAGGUGCAAAGGAAUCUAGGUCGUAAACCUUUAUAUACUGGUCAGAACCCUAUUGGACUUGAGCCCCACGUAGAAAAGGUUAUGUCACUUUUGGACAUUGAUGACAACACUGUAAAAAUGUUGAGCAUAUAUGGACUUGGUGGAAUUGGAAAAACGGAACUUGCCAAAGCUUUGUAUAACAAAAUUGUGCGACACUUUGAUGCUGCAAGUUUUCUUGCCGGUGUUAGAGAAAAAUCAAACACAAUCAAUGGCAUGGAAGAUCUACAGAAGACACUUUUAUCUGAGAUGUUAGAGGAGUCGGAAACUACUAAUAAAGGAAUUUAUGAAAUAAAAGGAAAGCUUCGCCGAAAAAAAGUUCUUUUAGUUCUUGACGACGUUGAUGAUAAAGAAAAGUUAGAAAAGUUGGCAGGAGGGUGUGAUUGGUUUGGUCCAGGUAGUAGGAUCAUCAUAACGACAAGAGAAAGAGAUCUCCUAAUUGUUGGAAAUGCUUAUGAAAUGAAGGAACUUGAUGAACAACAUUCUUUGGAGCUCUUUUGUUGGAAUGCCUUCGGACAAGAUUGUCCUAAAACUGGUUUUGAAGAUGUGUCUAUGCGUGCUGUAAAUUACGCUAAAGGUCUUCCACUGGCUUUAAAAGUGCUAGGCUCUGAUUUAGCUACUCUUCAUGGAGGAAGCUUAGAUGCUUGGGAAGAUGCAUUGGAAGAAUAUAAGAAGACUCCAAAUAAAAAGAUUCAAGAUAAUGUGCUUCAAGUAUGCUACGAUAGAUUGGAUGAUGAUGCCAAACAAGUUUUCUUGGACAUAGCUUGCUUCUUUAAAGGGGAGAAAGUGGAAUAUGUGAACAAAAUACUUAAGGAAUUUUAUUCAGAAUCCAAAAUGAAAGAACUUGUUAAUAAAUCUCUCAUAACUAUCGAGAAUGGCUGCCUCAAGAUGCAUGAUCUAAUACAAGAUAUGGGUAGACAGAUUGUCAGGCAGGAAUCACCAAAUCCUGGUAAACGUAGCAGAAUAUGGGAUUAUGAAGAUGUUCUUCAAAUACUAACCGAAGAUUCAGGAAGUGAUAAGAUUCAAGGGAUUAUGCUUGAUCCUCCUCAUCAAGAAAAGGUAAAAUGGAGUGGUACUGAGUUUGAGAAAAUGAAAUGGCUCAGAAUUCUCAUUGUUCGAAACACAUCCUUUUCAUCUGAACCUGAACAUUUACCAAAUCAUUUAAGACUGCUUGACUGGGACGACUAUCCUUCUAAGUCUUUCCCACCAAAAUUUCAUCCAAAGAAAAUCGUUGUUUUCAAUUUGCCUAGAAGUUGUCUAACAUUCCAAGAGCCCUUCAAGAAAUUUCCGUGCUUGACUAAGAUGGACUUUUCAUAUAACCAAUGCAUCAUUGAAAUACCUGAUGUGUCCGAACUCCAGAAUCUAAGAGAACUGAGAGUUAAUCAAUGUAGAAACCUAAUUGCAAUUCAUGAAUCAGUUGGAUUUCUGAAAAGACUUGCUCAUUUAAGUGUUUCGAAAUGCACAAAGCUUCAAAAUGUCAUGUCCAGAAUGUUUCUACCAUCUCUAGAGGUCUUUGACCUUAAUUUAUGUGAAAGCCUUGGUCACUUCCCAGAGAUAAUGCAAGAAAUGACCAAGUCACUGAAGAUUAAAAUGAAAAAUACGGGUAUUCAAGAGCUUCCAGAAUCCAUCAGUAAUCUUACUGGGCUUGUUUCUAUAGACAUAUCCAAUAAUAAGGAACUUAAGUAUUUACCAAGGAGCGUAUUCAUGUUGCCAAACUUAGAAGAAUUGAUUGUUUCAGAGAACAAUUUUGUAUCUAUCCCUUCGUGCAUCAAGCAAUGUGGUGACUGGACAAGUCUCGAUUUGAAUGGAAGCAAGAAGCUUAAAAAAAUUUCUGAACCCACUAGCUUGAGAAUUCUUGAUGUUCAUCAUUGUUUAGACCUUGAAGAAAUUUCAGAGUUGUCGUCUGCUGUUCAGAAAGUAGAUGCAAGAUUUUGUUUCAAGUUAACAAAAGAGACAUCAGACAUGCUAUGGUCUCAGGUGAAGAAAGGGGUAGGAGGAAUAGAAAUGGUGAUGCCAUUUUUAACUGAGAUUCCAGAAUGGUUUAACUUUGUGGGGGUGGGAAGGAUUCCUCGUUUCUGGGUUCGUGGCAAGUUCCCUAAGAUUGUUGUAGCGAUGAUCUUCCACUUCCAAAAUGAGAGUCAAAGGGACAGAUAUGAUGGUCGUGGCCUUGUUGAUCUGCGUUUACUAAUCAACGGGCGAUAUGCUCCUCGAAAAGGGUAUCGGAACUUUAGAAUUGAGGCAGAGCACAUCUUGUUGUGUGAUGUAGGAGUUUUGUGCAGCGAGAAAGAGUGGGUUGGCAAUGCAGUUAUGGAGCAUGAGUGGAAUCUGGUGCAGGUUUCGUAUGAUGCGACGUCGUCGUUGAUGAUAAGUGGUUGGGGAGCGUUUGUGUUUGAAGAAGGAACGAAUAUGGAAGAUCUCCUGUUCGCUAGUCCCAAUAACUUGAUUGUGAACGGAGAUUCAACCUCUGUCCAUGAGGGAAAUUUGGAGGACGAUGAAGACUACGUUGCUCUUCCGGAAGGAAUAGCACCUGAAUUCUUGUUUGAAGGAAUAAAGGAUGGAAUUGUUGAGGCACGGAAAAAAUUUCCUUCUAUGGAUGUUGCUGAAAUCUGUGUGGCUGCCUUGAAGAAGAAUCGUAGGAUUGAAUGGACAGUUGAAGGGAUGGAGGAUAUACGCUCGGCUGAAAAUAGGACGUACAUGACUGGAGUUUACGGUGUACUCUUGGAAGCAAAACUCAGAUUUCCUGAUUUGGACGUUGGGGCAGCACUAACUACUGUGGCAAAUAGGAAAGGGAUUAAAGGAACUUUUAAAUCACCCUCACAACAAAAUCUGAGGAUUCCACGAUUCGAUUGGAGUACAGUGACACUUCCUCCCUCUCACGACCCUCUCAUGCAAAUAUUCAUGAUGAUGAUGAAGCAGCAAAAUCCUUCGGAAUCUGAGCUCAAAACUAAAACCUUCUGGAAGUUGAAGGAGAGCCACCAAAUUCUCCGCAACAGAUUAUCACAUAUAACUGCUCCCCUGAACUCAGCCAGCUCUUCCAAAAAUCAAUAUGACGAACUGAUUCAGAAAUUCAACAUGCAAUAUGAUGCGUUUGUUGGGAAGAGACUAGACAAGCUUUAUCGUGUGGCAAAGUAUGAGAGGGAUAGUGUUGUUUUGAAAGAAAGAGCUGAAGAAUUAGAGAGGCUAUUCAAUACUAUGGUAUGGCACCAAAAAUCAGAGGAGUUUGGAGAUGUAAUGACUGCGAUGUUCUUGAAUGGACUCAGGGAUGGAAUCCUUGAAGCACGGGCCAUCUUACUUGCUCUCCGUACGGACACACAAACUCAUGAACGUGUCACCGAUGAGGCUCCUAACAGUGAAAACAUUGCCUAGCAUAUUUGUUUAAGAUUUGUAGCAGGUGUAAAAUGAUGUCUCUUAAAUUGUACUCUAUGUGUGUCAUCUAUGUUUCGGAAGUGUUGUUUCUUUCUGGUAAGGAUGUUCUGUGUCAUCGUAGACAGUAUUGUUUUCUAUGGUAAACAAAUCAAUAUUGGUAAAAAUAAGAAAGGCAAGAUCUAGCUUGCAUUUUACUCCA